UUGGCCACUUCUAUAUACUGAAAAAGUUGGUGGGAAUUGGGAAACUUCCUGCUAACCUUACCGCUACACUCUGUUAAUAGGCUCAAAUUUCUCCAUAAGCUAGUUAAGAGUUUCUUUAGGCUUUCAAUCUCACCCAAAUGAGCUACCAGCGUCUUGACUACCCUCCACCUCCACCUCCACCUCCACCAGGGCCUCCACCUCCAUAUCCUCCGCCAGGCUAUCCACCUCCAGGCUAUCCACCUCCACCGCCACCACCGCCAGGGGCCCCUUAUCCCCCACCACCUCCGCCUGGUUAUCAAGAAUACUUCUAUGAAGGCUACCCUCCACAUCCUCCACCUUCCAUGGAGAACCGCCAAGAGGACACUGGUUGUUCUUCUUUUCUGAAGGGAUGUUUGGCUGCACUUUGUUGCUGCUGUCUGUUGGAAGAGUGCUUCCUCUAAGCCAUGUUCUGCCUCUAAACAAAUACAUUAUAUCUCAACAUUAGAUAAUUCUGCUUCUAUUGCAGACUGUUAUCUUCACAGUUCUUAACAUGUUAUCCAUCGUAUGAAAUAUGAAUCUUUAUAUUUAUGGAUGAACCGUUUGUGUCGAA